AUGCCUGGCAUUCCGUUUGGUGCUAUUGACAAAGUCAAGGCUAGCCUGAAGACUCUCUUCAAGAAGAAGUCUGAUUCCAAGACCCAGGCUGAAAAGCCUGCCGAUACCACAGAGAGCAAGACGGAGGCCGCGAAGCCUGCUGAGCCUGUCCCUGCCACAACCACCGCCGCAACGGCUGGAGCCACUGAGACGAAGCCAGAGGCUCCAGCUCCCGCAACUGAAGCUACACCGGCCACUGAAUCUCCAAAGGAAGAGGCCAAGGCUGAACCCACCCCCCCAAAGACUGAAACUCCUGCUCCCACGACUGAAGCUACAAAGGCUGAGGAAGCUGCUCCGGCUCCCGCUACUGCUCCUGCUACCGCCCACGAGUCCGCUACCGAGCCUACUACUGAACCAGUCAAGGACGAGCCUACUGCUACUGCUCCUGCCACCACUGCAGCAUAA